UCCCCUCUGAUCUAUAAAUACUCAAAAUAGGAGGGCGUGUGUUCUCCACAAGCAAAUACAACAACAACAAUAAUCAAUAACUUUCCUUCUUUAUUGAAACAUAUAUAUAUAUAUAUAUAUAUAUCUUGGAAAACAUCUUUCAUGGCUUCCCUUGGAGCUCGUGACCAAACCUUGGCUAGUAAUAACCACGUAGAAAUCCCAGUUUACAUGAACUCAUCCAAUGACAUGGAAGCAAAAAACGAGCGCCAAGAGGCUGAUCAUGAUGACAGCCAAGUUGACUACUCCCAACGAGCACAGUGGCUUCGAGCAGCUGUGUUGGGAGCCAACGAUGGGUUGGUUUCGGUGGCGUCACUGAUGAUGGGAAUCGGAUCAGUGAGAAAAGACAUCAAAGCUAUGCUUCUGGCAGGCUUUGCAGGGUUGGUAGCUGGGGCUUGUAGCAUGGCCAUAGGAGAGUUCGUCUCUGUCUACACUCAAUACGACAUAGAAAAGUCUCAAAUAAAGAGACGACGUCGUAAUGGAGAAGAGGGAGUUGAUGAGACGAAGGAGAAGCUACCGAACCCAGCGCAGGCUGCAGUGGCUUCGGCACUGGCAUUCUCACUGGGUGCGCUGGCACCGUUGCUGGCUGCUGCUUUCAUAAACGACCAUAAGGUGAGGCUCGGCGUGGUGGCCACGGUGGCUAGCUUUGCACUGCUGUUUUUCGGUGCCGUUGGAGCUGUGCUUGGGAGGACCCCUGUGGUGAAGUCUUGUGCUAGGGUCCUGAUCGGAGGGUGGCUGGCUAUGGCCAUCACUUUUGGGGUAACCAAGUUGAUUGGCUCUGCUGGUCUUGGAAUGUGAUUUUCAAGCCUUGUUGUUGUCAAGGCUUUUUUUAACUCUUAAAGCCUUUGUUUAUGUUGUUAAUUAGUGUGUUUACAGUUUCACUUAGUUCAUCAUCAAAUGUGUUUAUCCAAUUGAGUAAUAAUAAAAAUUGGAUAUGUAUUACGUACGUACAUGUUGUUUAUUUCUACGUUCAAACGAAUUAUUUACGUACUCAUAUAUGGCCUUUUCCACGUUUAUGUCUUAAUUAAGAAUAAUUAUGUCUUAAUUUCAAGUCUUCAUCCCAUGUUUAUUAUGUUUAUUAUUAGACGAAUUUUUUUUUAGUUUCGAAAUAAACGAAUAGUGAAAUUAAAUGAUUUUGUCAAAGAUGAUUUUCCAAUAAUAAACAUAAAAUUUCGAAAUGGUAAUCAGGUAGGGGAAUGAAAAGAAAGUGAACAUUGAUAAAAGUUAUUGAAUCUAUUGAAUCCUUGCAACUUAUAGAUUGAAUUUUUUUUAGUGUCUGUUUUUCAACCUAUUUGUUUUCUCCCCACACCACAUUGAUUGGUUACGAUGUUUGUAUAAAAUUGACAUACAUUUUUUUCUAUAUAUAAAUGUAUAAACAAUUAUAUACCAUUUUUUUUUAAGCAGUACAUACCAUCACUUUGUUAUUAUUAUUUGCUUCACAUGAAUAAGUCGACGAAAAUAAGAACUUAAUUGAAAAUUUGGUGCGAAAAACAAAAUUUAAUUAAUUUUUUUUUAAUUCAACAAAAUUUAAUAAAUGGAAGAAGGAAACAAUGUUGUGCUAUAUUGU